UCUAUCUAAUUGUGUUAUCUUUAUUCUUCUGGAGUUCUGAAAAAAAAAAAUCUGAAAAGAGAAAGAAAGAAAGAAAAAUGGAGAUCUCAUUAACUUUAUCCUCACCAAAUAUCUCAAUUACAAGACUAUCACCACCACCAUCAUCAUCAGUAAAAAUAUGUUCAAGGAAUUCUAUUUUCUUCAAUAAUGAAAGUAGAUCUUUGUUUAUGAAGAAGAAUACAAAUUGUAUGGUUUUGAGCAGAAAUAAUACUAACGGUCAAGCGGGUAUGAAUGUUAAAUGUUUGUUUGGUCUUGGUGUUCCAGAACUAGCUGUUAUCGCUGGUGUUGUAGCUCUGGUUUUUGGUCCUAAGAAGUUACCUGAAGUUGGGAGAAGUAUCGGGAAAACUGUUAAAAGUUUUCAACAGGCAGCAAAGGAGUUUGAAACAGAGUUGAAAAAAGAUCCGGAACCUCUCAAGGAAGAAGAAGCCCCUGCAGAAAAACCCCAAGCAGUCAGUGAUAUUGUUGAUGAGAAACAAGAUAACAAGAUUCCAUCCAGCACAGAGAAAAAUUUAUAACAGUAUCUUAAUUCAACUAUGUGAUAAUUUUCCCCUGCCAAACCAACCCAUGCAUUUAUUCAUGUUGUAGUGUGAAAUACAAACCAAUGUAGAAGAGCAUUUUCGUCGUUUUUUUGUGCAAGAUAGCUAUGUAUUAUCACAAUAAUCACGGUAUUAUGUUCAUAUGGUUUUGUGAUUCUGAUA